GCUUGGCGGGUGUGCAUAUCCUGAAAAAAACUAUACAAUUUAUUAUUCCUAAUAAUACUAACAAGAAAUGUUAAAAUGGAUUUUAGCGGAUCUGUAGCGGAAUCACAACUCUCAUUUUACAGGUUUGGUUAGUGUUUGUUAUAAGUUUUAGAGAGAACUGCAAUAGAGAUCAUGUGGCAUGGCAUCAUUUUACAUCUCUCUCAUGUGAACAUAUAUAGAGAUCUCCACGAGCCUGCUCUAGUAAUUGGGGGAAGCUUUGUCUUGGUAGCAUUGAUCCUCUCGCUUCUCUUAAUUUUUCAGCAUCUCAGAUACUAUACUAAUCCGGCGGAACAAAAAUGGAUCGUGGGGGUCAUUUUCAUGGUUCCUGUCUAUGCAACUGAAUCAAUUGUAUCCUUGUGGAACCCAAAUCUUUCCCUUGCCUGCGACAUAUUGAGGAACUGUUAUGAAGCAUUUGCACUCUAUUCUUUUGGAAGUUACUUGAUCGCUUGCCUUGGGGGUGAGCGACAGGUUGUUGAACUGCUUGAAGAUGAAUCGAGGAAACAAAUCAGCCAGUCAUUGCUAGGAGGAGAGGAGAAACCUGUGGCACAAAAAAGGACAUUGUAUAACUUCAUUUUCCACCCAUAUGUCGUGGGGAAGCAGUUGUUCACUAUAGAAAAAUUUGGUCUUGUACAAUAUAUGAUUUUGAAGACAGUCAGUGCAUUCCUAGCUCUCAUUUUGGAGAUUUUUGGGGUAUAUGGUGAUGGAAAGUUUGACUGGCACUAUGGAUAUCCCUAUAUCACUGUGGUACUAAACUUCAGCCAGAUGUGGGCAUUAUAUUGUCUUGUCCAAUUUUAUAAUGUGACUCACCAUAAACUCCAGUCGAUAAAACCGCUAGCAAAAUUCAUUAGCUUCAAGGCCAUUGUUUUUGCAACAUGGUGGCAAGGGGUGGGUAUCGCCUUGUUGUGUUCUUUAAGGGUGCUCCCAAAGGAACGAAAGUUCCAGACUGGAUUGCAAGAUUUUCUGAUCUGCAUAGAGAUGGCUAUUGCUGCUAUUGCUCAUGUUUUUGUCUUCUCCUCGAAACCGUAUCACUAUGUGCCAACAUCUGUAUAUGAAGAGUUUACUGCCCAAAAAGCUGAAACAACUCUAAAUAUAGAAGAUGGAGAGAAACCAGCCGUUGUUGAAAAGAUAGAAACUAAGGUUGAGGUUCCAGGGACAAGUGUUAGAGAAAGUGUUCAGGACAUUGUUGUUGAAGGAGGUCAAAAAGUUGUGAAGGAUGUAGUUUUGACCAUAAACCAAGCGAUGGGGCCGGUAGAGAAGGGUAUGACAAAGAUCCAAGAAACUUUCCACCAAACAUCAGUCGAUGACGAUGAAGAAGAAAAACAAGAGACAGAAAUUAUGAUUGAGGAACAAGAAGAGAAUUCAUCAGGCGACAACAGAUAUAAACGAGAGACGGAGAUUAAGAUUGAGGAACAUGAACAUAAAUUAUCAAGUAAGGUGUCUAUAUCGCGAGAUAGAACAAGUUGAUAGACAAAAGAUUGUCAAUUCAGGUAUUUAAAUCAUCAUGUUCUUACAUAGCAGGACUUGUAGAUAAAGAGUCUUUUUUUCCUAUCUGUUAUUGGUAAGACCUAGAUUUCCUUCCUUUUGUAGAGUGCACAUUCAUUAUAACAAUUUAUCUCUUCAAGUUACUUUUCUUUGUUUUAUA